AAGAACAACGCAGUAAAGAAGAAAAGCAGAAUGGAGAAACGGAGAGAAUGAAGGUACAUAUGAGAGGAGGAAAGGAGAGACUAAGUAAAGAGAAUACAUUAACAGCACAAGGAAAAUCGCGAAAGGAAAGCAACAAAAUAAGCACAGAAAAAGAGGAAGUCAGAGGACACAGAGGAAAAAAUAAAGGAAGAGAUAAGGACCCAAAGCAUAGCAAAGCCAGGAAGGCUAUCAAGAAUUACCACACAGGAAGGAACACACAGGACCACAACCCACAAAUAAGACGAGCAGAAUUAGGAAAGAGAGUCAAGCGAGAUGCAAAAUGUGAGGUGGAAGUCAUAAGAAGGAUAGAAAAAGGGAGCGAAAAAGCAAAGCGAAUAAAAAGAUAUAAAAAAUUGAAGCAAAGAAAAAAGAAAGAAGAUAUAAAAGAGGGAAAAACUAGGCUGGAACAAACUACGGCAAUAGGAAGAAAAACGGAAGGAAGAAUUGAAGAACGAGAGAAACGACAUAAUAGAAAGCGAUUAAGGAACAGAGGAGAAGUAGAGCGAGGAAGAGAAAUGGGACACAGAG